CUUCACGCAAAACUCAAAUCUUUUCAUUCACACUUCUUGACUUUUGAAGGUUCCUUAUCCAAUAUCUCGCCAUUUUCUCGAUCAACUGAAUCUUGUAGCCAUCUUCAACAUCUGGGCUUAAGCUGCAAAUUUGGGAAAAGAAAAUAUAUAUUAAGCGCCUGUGCUAGACUUUCACUAUGGGGACAAAUCUCAUUGGACAUUUCACAAAAGAAGAAAACCUCGAUAUUCCAUCAAUUCCACCUGGUUUUGAGUCAGUGGCAGCUGCUAGAAUAAAUGACAGUAGGCUUGCAUCAACUUCUGCCUCUAUGAGUGUUCUUGAACUUCAAACAGCCAAAAAAGAACCCAGGCAUGGGUACAGUGAGUAUAAAAAGAGGAGGAGGUCUAUUAGGCGUAGAUCAGGAACAAAUUUCAAACAAUCUGAGUGCAGUUCUGGAGACGAGUCUGAUUCCAACCUGUUCAAUCAGAUUAAUAAAACUUCAAAAUCUCGGCUUCCAAAGGGGAUUAUCCGUGGUUGUGAAAAGUGUAGUAAUUGCCAAAAGGUUACUGCAAAAUGGCAGCCACAAGAAGCCCGGGUGCCAAAUCUUGAGGAGGCUCCUGUAUUUUACCCGACUGAAGAGGAGUUUGAAGAUACUUUAAAGUACAUUGCAAGCAUACGCGAUAAAGCAGAAGCAUAUGGCAUAUGCCGUGUAAUUCCACCCGCAUCAUGGAAGCCUCCAUGCCCCCUUAAAGAAAAAACCGUAUGGGAAAAUUCUACAUUUUCUACUCGAGUCCAGAGGGUUGAUAAACUUCAGAAUCGGGAUUCCAUGAGUAAGAUUUUUAGACCAUAUUACCAUAAAAAGAAUAAAAGGCGAAGAGGCAUGCAAGCAGGGGUUGAUCACAAUACUCAUGGGUCUAGUCUGGCUGAACCAAUGGUUCUGGAAUGCGAGUUUGGUUUUGAACCUGGUCCAAGCUUCACUCUUGAUGAAUUCAAAAAAUAUGCAGAUGAUUUUGUAAUACAGUAUUUCAGAAAAAAUGACGGUAUUCCUGAUCACCAGCACCAGUUUGAACCCUCGGUACAUAAUAUAGAGGGUGAAUAUUGGCGUAUGGUAGAGAAACCUACCGAAGAAAUUGAGGUGCUUUACGGUGCUGAUUUGGAAAGCGGCAAAUUUGGUAGUGGGUUUCCCCAAAUGCCUUCUCAAGUUGACGGGGCAGACGAAAAGUAUGUUAGAUCCGGUUGGAACUUGAAUAACUUCCCAAAGCUUCCAGGGUCAUUACUCUCAUAUGAAACUAGUGAUAUAUCAGGUGUUUUGGUCCCCUGGUUGUAUAUCGGAAUGUGCUUUUCGUCGUUUUGUUGGCACGUUGAAGAUCAUCACUUAUAUUCGAUCAAUUACUUACAUUGGGGAGCUCCAAAGAUGUGGUACGCUGUAGCUGGAAAAGAUGCCAUUAAGUUAGAGACAGCUAUGAGAAAGCAUUUACCGGAUCUUUUUGCAGAGCAACCAGACUUGCUUCAUAAGUUGGUCACACAACUUUCUCCAUCGAUACUGAAAUCUGAGGGGGUUCCUGUUCAUCGUUGCACUCAAAACCCUGGAGAAUUUGUGUUAACUUUUCCUCGAUCAUAUCAUUCUGGGUUCAACUGUGGCUUCAACUGUGCAGAGGCUGUGAAUGUGGCCCCUGUUGAUUGGUUGCCUCAUGGGCAUAUUGCAAUCGAGCUCUAUCGUGAGCAGGCUCGUAAAACAUCCAUUUCUCAUGAUAAACUAUUACUUGGGGCAGCAAGAGACGCUGUAAAAGCUCAGUGGGAAGUUAAUUUACUCAGAAAAAACACCCUCGAUAACUUAACAUGGAAAGAUGCUUGUGGGAAAGAUGGAGUCUUAUCAAAAGCAUUUAAGGAGCGUGUGGAGUUGGAACGUGUGAGGCGAGAUUUUCUUUGUAGGACUACUCAAGUUUUAAAAAUGGAAGCUACUUUUGAUGCCAUUAACGAGAGAGAAUGCAAUGUAUGCUACUUUGACUUGCAUCUCUCGGCUGCAGGUUGUCGCAAUUGUUCACCCGAGAAGUAUUCUUGCUUGAAUCAUGCAAAACAGCUUUGCUCUUGUUCAUCAAGCUCGAAAUAUUUUUUGUUUCGUUAUGACAUGGUUGAUUUAGGAAUGUUAGUUGAGGCUUUAGAAGGCAAACUAAGUGCAAUUUAUAAAUGGGCUAAGAAUGAUCUUGGGCUCUCUUUAACUAAUCAUGUAGAUAGAGAUAUUUCUUCCGAUAUAGAAUCGCCGCCCAAAGAGCAGAAGGAUUUCUUGAAAUAUGGUUCUCAGUGCAAGAAGGAAUUUUUGGCAAAUAAAUGCUCAUUGGUGGGAAGUAAUGAUGUGGUAAUCCUUAGUGACGACGAGGAUGAUAAGAAAAUGAAUGUUGCUUGCAAAAAUGCACGUGUUGCGAAUAAUUUUGAAUCUGUAUCACGUCCAGUGAUUCUUGCUCUUCCGUGCCACAAAAAAUCUCAAGCUUAUUCAUGUGCAAAAGCGAAAAACAUUCUAAAAGCUAAUGGAAAAUGUAUAACUGGGAAUAAGCCGUCCCCACAAAUUAAUCUCAAGUUAGAAGAUAAUGAUGUUAAGUGGUUAGCCUGCAAGGUUGAGCUUCUGGAAUUUGGAGUUGUGCAACCUGGAAAGCUAUGGUGUGAUAACCGUGCCAUUUAUCCUAAGGGAUUUUGUAGUAGAGUUAAGUACAUAGACGUUCUCAAUCUCAGCAAUAUGAGCUACUACAUUUCAAAAAUCUUGGAUGCAGGAUUGGGUAGACCUUUGUUUAUGGUUUCGUUGGAGAAUUGUCCAAGUGAAUUAUUUGUCCAUUUAUCUCCUGCAAAAUGUUGGGAUAUGGUACGGGAAAGAAUUAAUCAUGAGAUCUCGAUUCAACACAAGUUAGAAAGAUCAAAUCUUCCACCUUUCCAGCCUCCCGGGAGUCUUGAUGGCAUGGAAAUGUUUGGCUUUUCCUCGCCUUUCAUCUUGCAGGAAAUCCAGUCGAUGGAUAGGCAUCGCGUGUGCAAAGAGUACUGGGAAUCAAAAUCCAAAGAUGUUUAGAAGAAUAAAGAAUUAAACAUGCUCUGACCAUCAAUAAUUCAACAUCUGAUAAAAGCUAUAACAGGGAAGGUAGUCUUUUUUUAAUAAAAAGGUUAUCAGAGGAUCAAAAAAUUGAUCUAAUAUUUUCGGAUCCAGUAAAUGUUUCAAUAUUGUUGAACUACAGGUUAGUAGUCAAGUUAACCAACUUGUUUUACAUGUAGAUUGACUUGGAUUUCCUGGUGAGUCUGACCCUUGCUUGCUUUGUUUUUC